AUGAAAAGCUCAAUCUUAUUCCCAUUAAUUUCAAUACUCUCUACAAUUGUUAAUGCUGAUACUACUUUAGGGUCUUCCGGUAAGAUUCAAUUUUCUGGAGUAGGAUAUGAUUUUAGUUAUCAACCUAUCAGUAAAAUUAAUAAUGGUAACAAAAAUUGUUAUUGUGAGCUUUCAGAUAACGAAGAAUGGGUUUCUGGUACAAAUACUCCAUUUAAUGAAUAUUUAGCUGUUCAUGUUAGAGGUCCAACAAAAUUAUCUAAAUUUGCCUAUUAUAUUUCAAGUAAUUUUACCAUUGGUAAUAGUUCAACCUCAACUAGCUGGAAUCGUUCUGCAUUCUUUGAUAAUACAGAAGAUUUCCCCACAAUGGAAAAUAUAACUUUCUUAGGACAUCAAGGGGAUGACUCUAGUUGCUUAGGGAAAGCUUUAACUUAUAUUGGUCAAGAUGGUAGAACACCACAAAAGACAAAUACUGCUCCUGGUAAAUAUAUGCAAGAUGUUUCAAAUGUUGAAUAUAUCAUUUAUUCAAAUGUAUCAUGUCCUAAAUCCAGUGUUAAUGGUGGAUGUGGCGUAUACCGUAGUGGUAUUCCAGCUUUUUACGGGUUUGGUGGUGUCACUAAGAUGUUUCUGUUUGAGUUUUCUAUGCCAACCGAUUCAUCAAAUGAUACUGGCAUUUCAUACUUCAAUGCUCCUAAUAUUUGGUUAGGUAGUGAUUCACAACCUAGAGUGCUUAGUCAACCAGGUUUCCAAAGUAAUUGUUCUUGUAUCUUCCAAGGUUGUGGUGAAUUCCAAGUAUUUUCAGCUAAUGCUACCAAGAUGAAUUCAUCUAUGCUUACAUUGCAAGGUUUGAAUGGUAAUACAUCUCUUGAUAUCCAAUCUAUGUACACAAAUAUGGAUGGUUAUGGUUCCUUUGAUAGACCAAUUAAUACUACUGUUACAGGUGGUGUGGUUUUUGAUUCAAGCGGGAACGUUGUAUCGUUUUUAUCAUCUGAUAUUGCCUUUGAUGAGCAGUUAACUUCAAGUUCUGUGAACGCAAUUUUAGCAGAUAUUCCAGAAUUAGGAACAACAAAACAACUUAAAGCAGGUAUUCAAACGGCUCCAACUACUACUUCCAGUAGUAAUAGUGCAUUACCACUGUCCUCUAAGGUCAACAACUGGAUGUACAUAUUUACAAUUGCGACCACUUUACUGCAUAAUAUUAUGUGGUAA